UUUUCAAAAAUUAAAUCGUUCAUAACAGAAGUGCGAAGUAAUUAAAUAUUGAACCCUUUUGAUGCCUCGGGUAUAAUUGAAAUAGAAUAUUCUAGCUUAUUCCAACAUUUUACAUCGACGCACAACCUGCGCCACGACGUAGAUCGAUGGAAUGUUUGUAAACAAACACAGUGUGUAUAUCGUCACGCUCGCAUUAAAAGAAUAAGGGAAAAAGAAAAUGGAUAGUUUGUUUGUGUCAGUGUUCAGGUCAUCAUGCAAAGCUUAAAAAGUGUUGGGAAUUACCUAAUGCGGGAAUUGUCACAUAGUAAUGUUCAACAUUUUUCAAAUUCAUCGAAGGUUUUGUUUGCAUUCUGUUCAAAUUGCAGAGACAAAAGUCUUUCCAAAGAGUUCGUACUAUCGGCUGAAGACCUAGACUGCCUUAGAGUAGACUUUUCCUCCCAGGAUUACGAUCUGGACCGAUACUCUCCAACUAUAAGGAACCAAAACGAAGAAUUCCUACGCGAGAUCUCCGUAAUUAAACCGGAAGUGAUCUUCGUCGACCACAUACAGGAAAGUCAAUAUCUGAUGCAGACUAAAGGCACACUAAGGACUCUGGGAUAUACUGGACAUCUCAGUGGACUCAAAAAAGGACGAGGACUGGGCAUUUUCGUAAGGAAGGAUGUUGCUGAAAGCUUGCGUGAUGCAUCUGUAUCAGUAUCCGGUAACAUAUCAAAAAUGUUUGAUCCCUUGUAGUUUUUAAGGAUUAUGUGAUAGACAUUCUUUUAAUUACAUAACAAUAACAUUACAAUCAAGUGUUUUGAAGAAAUGAGAUAUAUGUAUCUAUUUGAUAUAGAGAUGAACAUUUUUAUAGAUUUACAAUUUCAUUAUCUUAGCAAUAAACGGUGAUUUUCAGGUAAAAACUGUAUUAUUAGAAUAAUUUUCCUGUUAUUUUUAUAGUUUUUAAUUGUUUAAUAAAAUUAUGAAUACAU